AUGGUGCCACAAAUCAACAGCGAGGGAGAGAAAUCAGAGGCCGGUGUGAACACCGGAACGUUAAGUCAACCGGAACCCAAUGUUGGCAGGACAACCAGCAAAGAAGACAAACCAAAGGCUGGUGAGAAUACGGGAACGUUAAAUCAACCGGAAUCCAAUGUUGGCAGGACAAACGACAAAGAAGAGAAAACAGAGGCUGGUGUGAAUACCGGAACCUUAAGUCAACCUGAACCCAAUGUUGGCAGGACAAAUGGCAGGAAAACAGAGCAAGGUGUGAAUACCGGAACGUUAAGUCAACCGAAACCAAAUGUUGGCACCCGGAAUUCCUCAAGUUCUCAUGAGAUCUCCGAGAAUGAUCCAAUAAGAGAAACAGAAAACGGAAAAGACAAUUAUGUGGAACAUGUCAACACAGAGUCUCUUGAAAAUGAUUCAUAUUCUAUCGGUCAUACACUAGUCACAAUUAACGAAAACGGAAAUCAAAAUGGUGAAGAUAUUUCAUCAGAACAACUCGAUACAAGUGUAUUCGAUGGGGUUGGUCGAUUUUUCAUGUGUUCUGUAGACUCUGACGUCACAACUCCGUGGAUAGGUGGAUUGGCCUACGUCGAAAGUGGUGAUAUCAUUUGUUUAGAUCUAAACAAUGAGUGUAUCAAACGAUUCGACAAAAAUUUCAAGAUGGUGUCAAGCAUUGAGGUCCCGUUUGACUGUUAUGGAAUGACUGUUACAUCACAUGAUGAGAUUGCAGUCACGUGCCUUAAUGAAAUUCAUUUUUACAACGUUGGAAAAUUUGGAAUGAAUAGAACUGCAAAAUAUUUUACUGUGAAUGGAAUGGCGCACGGCAUUGCAUCUGAUCAAAGCUGGUUUGCCGUGACAUGUGAUAUUUCAGAACCAGAAGAUAGCACGAUUCGAAUUAUCGAUGAAAACGGAAGUGAACAAUUCGUAAUCUAUCCACCUGUUGUGUCAGAACUUCCAUUAAAACUGUCAUCUUUCAUUGAGCUUGACAAAUCAUUAGGUCGGGUUUUUAUCUCAGAAUCAGCACCGAGCAGGGUCGUCUGUGUUAACUUUCAAGGAGAGGCAUUGUGGGAUACUUCCAUUCCCGGCGGGUCACGUGGCAUAGUCUCCAUUGGCACCAAUAUCUUAGUGUGCGACCAGUUCAGUGAAAAAAUUCGUUUACUGACAAAAGACGGCGCGUUGAAGGCACCAAUGUUAUCGUCUGAAGACGGACUCUGUAACCCUGACAUCAUCGCGCGCAGACCUGAUUCUUAUGACGUCAUAGUAUCCUAUGGUGGAUUUGGAACCAUUGGAUUGUUUUCUAUACAAUAACUUGUUUUGUUAAGGUUGAUGGGGUUUGC